CUAGUCAAGGAAGUCCUAUCAGCAGAAGAUUUUAGCAUACAGAAUCUGAAUGGCUUUGACACUCAUACAGAAAUGGGGCAUUUUGAUUCAUCUGAAGCCAGUCUUAAUGACAAUGAUAUCUUCCAAAAAGAUGGUUGGAAAGAGACAGCUGCAGAAAUUCUGGUGCCAACUAGGGAGAGAAAUCCGAGCAGGAAUGGACAGCCAUUUACUGUCCCAGGGUUCCAGUACCGUCCACUCACAACC